CUGUUCAUCACGAGGAGUUUAUCCUUAGUGGCAUCCUCCGUCAAGAGCUUGACUACACUGCCUAUCAGAUCCAGUACGUAUCCACUCUGCAGGCUAAUCUCAAGGCCGCAGUUGCAGCCGGCGCUGCUGGCCUAGCCAAUGGUAUAGGCAGUCGGCUUCCUAUGCAUCUGGCACCACCACCACCUAGCCUUCCUGCUGGGCUCUUCUCAUCCGGGCAGGCUUAUGCUCAGGAAAACAGUUCUAUAUUAGCGUUCGGAGUAUUACACCAGAAACAGCAACAACAACUGCAGAUUCAGCAGCAACGACACCAACGUAGCCAGGGACAACAACAGAUAUUACUUCAGCAGCAGCAGCAUCAUCUACAUCAUCCUUCUGCUCUCACGUCUUCGAAUUCAGGUCCUGCUCCCAUACUGGAUUCCACUCCGCUGACCACUGACAUUAGCUCUGUUUCAUCAUCAAUAGUGGCUGUAAGAGCACCUGUAGAUCAGCAAAAGAAAACUUUGGCCUCCAAUGAGGUCAGAGCUUUCCUGCCAAUUUCCACUUCCGUCGGCCUCUCCUGCAUGUCUGGUUGGCAUGAGGUAGAAUAUUCCAACACGUUUGCUCUUCCUACUCCCGUCGUAUCUUCCCCUAUCAUCGUCACGACUGCAGUUAGCACUGUUUCAACUGCUGCUUGUAGUGUCAGGAUGACUUCCACACCUAUACCGACAACUCCCAUGGCUUUGCAGAAUGGCCCUCCUACUAUGCAAAGCCUUCUGCAUCGCUGUCAAUCUGGAAUGGCUACUUCCGUUCAUCAGAUCAUACCACCCCAGGUCUCGCAAAAUCCUCCCUCUGUUCCAUCAACUGCGCAGCCAUCUACACCACAGCUUUUGGUACAACCGACUUCCAUUCUUUCUACUGCUCCCACUCCAUCUCCUGUUAUUCUUACCAAUUCGGAUGAUGCCAUUAGACUUUCGCGGGUCAAUUCCACAGUCGCCUGCUCUGUGCCACUCGCCUUCGUCAGCCAAGAGUCUACCUUAAGCAGAGACACUUCACCUUUCCUUUCCAAAGUUACUGACUCGACUGUAAAACCCCUUAACAUUCCGAAGGACCUAUCGGAAGAACUUGCGAAUAAUUUUUCACUCUCCUCACUCGCUACGAUUCCAACAUCAAUAGGCCCAACAAUAACACAGGCACUUAGAUCUACCUCUUUGCGAAGCGAACCCUCAAUUUCCCAAUCUACUUCUCUUUUACCUCUCACUAGUUCUAAUUCGUCUGAAACUACAUAUGUCGCAAUCUCUACAUCACACCCAGGCGAACUUGAGGCAACUCUUAAACUUGCUUCAGAUAGAAGGACUAGCCAGCCUCAAGUAAUUCAACCGACAGUAUCCCCACCUACCUGCAGGCUUGUCUCAGAGGGUCUCCAUCUAAUAGAUCUGGUCAAGGUCACUGAACCAACAGGCAUAGUCUCCAUUGACAACACAUCCUCGGUUUCUUGUCAGAACUUCACCACUCCUGGCUAUUUACUCACAUCUGUGCCGAAAACCAUUUCUGGUACAACUCAACAGGUAACUGCGCUAACAGCUAUCAUUGCUGCACCUAGUCCUGAUGUCUUUUCUGAACUCUCAAAAGAUUUACAUUCCAGUUCCGAGCUGCAGCCUAUCCUCACUCAGGCAAAAGCCUCAUCAACAAUACCAUCAUAUCCAUCCCUUACAUCUGCAGCAGUCGUUUUGACGUCUCCGAUCAGCGAACACUCUACUUUCAAUAGGUCUGAACUCUGCUUUGUCGACGCUCCUUCUAGAUUGAUUGAUUCUAAUCCCCCAACCGAGCUACCCCUGUCAUGCCAUUUACGCCUUUCCCCCCCCUUGGCCGAGGCUGCCAAGGCGGCCGCUGCGGAUUCACAGGCCGUCGCAUCAGCCACCAAAGCUCUGGCCAAAUCGGCCGCGGUCCUGCCCUCCGACUUAGCAGCUUGCCAACCCAUCAUUGCUGGCAUUAACACAAAUAACAGUCACCCAUCUCCCCCAUCAGCGCCCGGCCCUACUCCCACCACCAUAGGAUUUCACUUGACUCAUCAAAGCCUUUCUGAGGACUCAGCUGACAGGCCUUUAACCACUUGUCUUGCUCUCGAACUCGCGAACCCCCUAUUAUCAUCCGUAACUACAACCGCUCCAUCACUAACUACCGCUAUCCUUCCGCUCAGACCUGCCAAAUCUGAAGAUAAAUCACCUCCCACCCAUUUUUUCAAACUUGGUCCACCAGCCUCCACAGAGAGUCCACUGCAUUCGCCUGGCUCAUGCUGCCAACAGGCAAGUCCUUCCAACCUCCACGUGUCUUCCUGCAUAGAGGAUUCC